AUGUUCAGAGAAAACCACACCACCAUGAGCGAGUUCAUCCUCCUCGGCUUCUCCCAUCUCGGGGGUAGUCAGCGACCCCUCUUUGGUCUGUUCCUGUUGCUCUACCUGGUCACCUUGGGGGCCAAUGCGGUGAUUGUGACCACCAUCGUACUGGACCGUCACCUCCAUGUGCCGAUGUACUUCUUCCUGGGCAUACUCUCCUGCUCCGAAACCCUAUACACUUUGGUCAUCAUCCCCAAGGCUCUGGUCGACCUGCUGGCCCGGCACCGGGCCAUCACCAUCACUGCCUGUGCCUUCCAGAUGGGCUGUUUUCUCUUCCUGGGCUGCUCCCACUCCUUCCUCCUGGCUGCCAUGGGCUUCGACCGCUAUGUGGCCAUUUGCAGGCCCCUCAGCUACAUGGGGCUGAUGACCAGGGGAGUCUGCAUGGCCUUGGUGGUGGCCGCCUCCUUCUGUGGCUCUGCAGUCUCCUUGGUGGUCACCUCCCUCAUCUUCGGAUCCUCCGUUCCCUCUUCUGGCCACCUCCAACACUUCUUUUGUGAUAUCCCACCUGUCCUGAGGGUAACCUUGCCUCCUGGCUCCCCACGGCAGGGGGUCAUCCUGGCCCUCUGUGCCCUGGUCUUGGUCAUCCCGCUCUUCCUGAUCGUGGCCUCCUAUGCAUGCAUUGUUGCUGCCAUCUUGCGAAUCCCUUCAUCUGGAGGGAGAGUCAAGCCCUUCUCCACUUGUGCCUCCCACCUCAUCGUGGUUACCAUCCACUAUGCCUGCGCCUCCUUCAUCUACCUGAGGCCUGGAGCCAGAGACUCCUCUGGACGCGACACCCUGGUGUCCGUCACCUACACGGUUGUGACGCCUCUCCUCAAUCCUGUCAUCUACAGUCUGAGGAACAGGGAGUUCAGAGUGGCCCUGUACAGAGUCUUUGAGAGGCUCUGUUGCCCUGUCUUAUGUUAA